AUGGAGCCUUCAAGGACGUCAGCCAUCAGACAAUCAAGAAGUUCCACAUUUACAUCCUUCUCUAAAAGAUAUAUUCUAACGUUUUGUCUUCUAUUUCAGAUUCAAUUUUGCACCACCGAACCACCAGUCCUCAUCGCCUUCAAUCCAUCAAACAAUUCAAUUCUCCUGCACCACCGAACCACCUGUCCUCAUCGCCUUCAAUCCAUCAAACAAUUCAAUUCUUCUGCACCACCGAACCACCAGCCCUCAUCGCCUUCAAUCCAUCAAACAAUUCAAUUCUCCUGCACCACCGAACCACCAGCCCUCAUCGCCUUAAAUCCAUCAAACAAUUCAAUUCUCCUGCACCACCGAACCACCAGCCCUCAUCGCCUUCAAUCCAUCAAACAAUUCAAUUCUCCUGCACCACCGAACCACCAGCCCUCAUCGCCUUCAAUCCAUCAAACAAUUCAAUUCUCCUGCACCACCGAACCACCAGCCCUCAUCGCCUUCAAUCCAUCAAACAGUAAGCACUUAUCGAAUUCAAUUCUCCUGCACCACCGAACCACCAGCCCUCAUCGCCUUCAAUCCAUCAAACAAUUCAAUUCUCCUGCACCACCGAACCACCAGCCCUCAUCGCCUUCAAUCCAUCAAACAGUAAGCACUUAUCGAAUUCAAUUCUCCUGCACCACCGAACCACCAGCCCUCAUCGCCUUCAAUCCAUCAAACAAUUCAAUUCUCCUGCACCACCGAACCACCUGUCCUCAUCGCCUUCAAUCCAUCAAACAAUUCAAUUCUCCUGCACCACCGAACCACCAGCCCUCAUCGCCUUAAAUCCAUCAAACAGUAAGCAUUUAUCGAGUAUCUAUCAGGCAGUCUGUACCAUUUACCAAACAUUUUAAAAGAUG